GUUUGUUGAUUUUUUAGUGGAAUUUGUGUCGGCUUUUGGUAAAUUUCAACGUAGACAUUUUCUGUUCUACUCUCAAGAAUUAAUAAAAGUUCAAAUAUAAUUACAAAAAUGAGUGCGGAAACAAAGAGUGGGAGCAGUAAUCUCGUUUCGACCGUGAUUUCCUGUAUACUGAGUUUGGUGAUAUUUGCAACUAUGCGCUUUUACUCCAGUUGGAUCACAGCUACUCAAAUGAAUACAAUCGUUGGGGGCUUCAUUGGUUCGUGGCUUUUUGUCUUUGCCCUAACGGCUGUUUCGAAUAUGGAAAUGCUUGUAUUUGGUAAUGAUUUUCAAGCAAAAUUUAUACCAGAAAUUGUUACUUGCCUUACUUUGGCGACUGUUGCAUCCGGUGUGGUUCAUCGUGUUUGUGCUACUACUUGUGUUUUCUUCUGCAUCUGUGCUUUAUAUUUUGUAAAUCGCAUUUCAAACAAAUACCACAACAAAGGCUCAAUUGCAACGGAUCAAAUUCCCAUUCGACGUGGUGGAGGCAAAAAAAACAAAUAAGUGUUGGCCACAAAUCCCAGAAUAAUUCGAAAUAUUAUGCAAUGAUUUAUAAAUGUAUAAAUUUGUGUAUAUGAGCAAUGAUUUUAUCACCCUACUCGAACUGUGCGCAAAUCCAGAUACAUAUUUUUAAUCCGAAAUGAAUUAUCUUAUUUAUCGAUUGCUCUUUAGCUCUGUAUUUAAAUAAAUAUAUAUAAAAAAGGCAUUCAUGGA